UCCCGACAUGCCGGAGGAGGCGGGCUUCCCGCCGGCCAAGAGAUUCCGGCCGGCCUCUGGGCCUCCGAGCCGCCCCGGGUCCUACCCUCCCGGGAGGCGAGUGGUGAUGCUGCUGGCUGCGGGCGGCAAAGGCGGAGGAGGGGGCCGGAGGCAGCCGCCGCCCCUGGCCCAGCCCUCGGCCAGCCCCUACCGCGAGGCCGUGGAGCUGCAGCGCCGGAGUCUGCCCAUCUUCCAGGCGCGGGGGCAGCUGUUAGCGCAGCUCCGCAACCUGGACUGCGCCGUCCUCAUCGGGGAAACAGGCUCUGGGAAGACGACUCAGAUCCCGCAGUACCUGUAUGAAGGGGGGAUUGGCCGCCAGGGCAUUAUUGCUGUGACCCAGCCCCGCCGUGUGGCUGCCAUCUCUCUCGCCACGAGGGUCUCAGAUGAGAAGAGAAGUGAACUCGGGAAGCUGGUUGGCUACACGGUGCGCUUUGAGGACGUCACCUCAGAGGACACCAGGAUCAAGUUCCUGACGGACGGCAUGCUUCUGCGCGAGGCGCUCUCCGACUCCUUGCUCCGCAAGUACAGCUGCGUCAUCUUGGAUGAAGCCCACGAGCGGACCAUCCACACGGACGUGCUCUUCGGGGUGGUGAAGGCGGCACAGAGGCGGCGCAAGGAACUGGGGAAGCUGCCGCUCCAGGUGAUCGUGAUGUCCGCAACCAUGGACGUGGACCUGUUCUCUCAGUAUUUCAGCGGCGCGCCUGUCCUCUACCUCGAGGGCCGGCAGCAUCCGAUCCAGGUGUAUUACACCAAGCAGCCUCAGCAUGACUACCUGCACGCGGCCCUGGUCUCGGUCUUCCAGAUCCACCAGGAAGCCCCUUCUUCUCAGGACAUCCUGGUGUUCCUCACUGGUCAGGAGGAGAUUGAAGCCAUGACUAAGACCUGCCGGGACAUCGCAAAGCACCUCCCGGACGGCUGCCCCGCCAUGCUGGUCCUUCCCCUGUAUGCCUCCCUGCCCUAUGCACAGCAGCUCCGGGUCUUCCAAGGGGCCCCAAAGGGCUGUCGCAAAGUGAUCAUUUCAACUAACAUCGCAGAAACCUCCAUAACCAUUACAGGAAUAAAAUAUGUAGUUGACACGGGCAUGGUCAAAGCAAAGAAGUAUAACCCUGACAGUGGUCUCGAGGUGCUGGCUGUGCAGCGCGUGUCCAAGACCCAGGCCUGGCAGCGCACUGGGAGGGCUGGCCGGGAGGACAGUGGCAUCUGUUACCGGCUCUACACAGAGGAUGAGUUCGAGAAGUUUGAGAAGAUGACUGUGCCAGAGAUCCAGAGGUGCAACCUGGCGAGUGUCAUGCUUCAGCUCCUCGCCAUGAAAGUCCCAGACGUGCUCACCUUUGACUUCAUGUCCAAGCCGUCUCCAGAUCACAUUCAGGCGGCCAUUGCCCAGCUGGACCUGUUGGGGGCUCUGGAACAUAAGGAUGACCAGCUCACUCUGACCCCGAUUGGAAGGAAGAUGGCAGCGUUUCCUUUAGAGCCCAGAUUUGCCAAGACCAUCCUGCUGUCGCCCAAGUUCCACUGCACCGAGGAGAUACUGACCAUCGUCUCCCUGCUGUCCGUGGACAGUGUCCUCUACAACCCUCCUGCCCGGCGGGACGAGGUGCAGGCUGUGCGCAGGAAGUUCCUUUCCAGCGAGGGGGACCACGUCACCCUGCUCAACAUCUACCGGACCUUCAAAAACCUCGGCGGCAACAAGGAUUGGUGCAAAGAGAAUUUUGUCAACAGCAAGAAUAUGAUGCUGGUAGCCGAAGUCAGAGCACAGUUGAGGGAAAUCUGCUUAAAGAUGUCAAUGCCCAUGGCGUCCUCCCGAGGCGACAUGGAAAGCGUCCGCCGCUGCCUGGCCCACAGCCUCUUCAUGAACACCGCUGAGCUUCAGCCCGACGGCACCUACGCCACCACAGACACCCACCAGCCAGUGGCCAUCCACCCAUCGUCUGUCCUCUUCCACUGCAAGCCAGCCUGCGUCGUGUACACGGAGCUGCUGCACACCAACAAGUGCUACAUGCGCGACCUCUGUGUCGUGGACGCCGAGUGGCUGUACGAGGCUGCUCCCGAGUACUUCAGGAGGAAGCUGAGGACAGCCAGAAACUGAGCCGCGCAGGGCACUGUCCGAGCUGCUCCUGCCCGGGCCUUGGAUGCCCGCUGCCCUCACGGCAGGCUCUCCGGUUGGCCCCUGGGGAAGCUGCGCGUCUCCACACAGCUGAGCGUGCCUGGCUUCCAGAAGCCGGAAGCUCAGCCUGGACUGUGUGCACGUGGACCUGCACUUACUAUGCUUUUGGUUCCUGCCGGUGACUCUGGGGGCUCGUUUCCUCAUCUGCCAAGUGGGGGUCAUAAGACUUUUUUUUCCCCAAAGAUUUAUUUAUUUGAAAGGCAGAAUUGCAGAGAGAGGGAGAGACAGAGAGAGAGAGGUCUUCCAUCUGCUGGUUCAUUCCCCAAAUGGCUGCAAUAGCCAGGGCUAGGCCAAUCCAAAGCCAGGAGGUUCUUCCCGGUCUCCCACGUGAGUGAAGAAGCCCGAGCACUUGGGCCACCUUCCACUGCUUUCCCAGGCCAUUAACUGGGAGGUGGAUCAGAAGAGGAGCAGCUAGGACUUGAACCCGCGCCCAUAUGGGAUGCUGGCUUCUCAGGCGGAGGCUUAACCUUCUAUGCCACAGUGCCAGCCCUUAUAAGAAUUCUUACUCACAGGGUUGGGCCCUGAAAUGUAGAGAACAUGGAUGGAAACUACCCAGAGCCAUGCCCGGCAUGGGCUACACAUUUGAUGAAUUGUGAGCCAUCAUGCUUAUUAACCUUACUGCUUACUGCCCAGUGUAAGCGAAGUACAACAAAACCCCCUGUGUUCUUGGGACCAAAACGGGCCUUCUGGAAGGAGGCUGCCAUCGGGGGUUGCCGGGCUUGGAUGCUCUCCCUGGUUCUAUUUUAAGGUCUGUCUGUGGGAGACUGAAAGAGCAGCCCUAAGACACUGCGUGCUGUGGGCAGUUCUGGAGGAGGUGCUGUUGUCUGUCACCUACUGGGGUGGCCGUCUCUGCAGAACCUCAGGUCUCAGGAUGCGCGCUGCCCUGUGUCUGCCUCCGGGCAGGGGCCACGGAAGGAGUCCCCCGGCCCUCGGUGUCUCUCUGGUGCAGAUCCCCAUCAGUGUUUUUGGAGGACGUGUACAUUGCCUAGGCAAAGGCCAACUUGUAUCUUGAGGAUAUAUCAAGUACAGGCAUGGGAAACUGACCGCAGCGCCUCCCACAUUCCCAGCUGUGGUCUUCCCUCUGAAGGAGCCCCCUGGGGCCUCCUGUGAGCCUGAGGAAUGGCCGGCCCUGUGCUCCUUUCCAGCUGCUUCUCCUUGGGCAGAGCUGCCAGGGAUAGGGCGCGAGGGGCACUAUGCUUGAUCAGUGAGAACCCAGAGAGCGUCACUUUCCUCCCCCGUGUCUGGUGUGUUGUUUUUUGUUUUAAGAAGUCUUUUCUUUUUUUUAUAAUAUUGAUUUUAUUUAUUUGAAAUGCAGAGUUACAAGAGAGGCAGAGAGAUCUUCCAUCUGGUUGUUCAGUCCCCAAAUAGCCACAACGACCAGGAAUCUGGAAUUCCAUCUCAAUCUCCCAUGUGGGAGCCAGGGGUCUGAGCACUUGGGCCACCUUCCACUGCUUUCCCACCGGCAUUAGCAGGGAGCUGGUUUGGAAAUGGAGCAGCUGGGACUGGAACCAGUGUUCAUAGGGGGUGCCUGUGUUGUAGGCAGUGGUCCUUAUAUUGCAGUUUAGUUAUUCGCUGUCAUCUUUUUUUCCUUCUUCGUAGGAAGUCGGGGGCAGUCUGGCUUUGCUCCUUCCCAACCACCCAGCCCUUGUCUGUGUUUGUUGGAGAGACAUUGAGGGUCUCCACAGUCUCUUCUGUCCAGAUAUUUUGAGAAGGGAAAGACACUAAAGGUUCUUCUUAGCUAUGUUAUCAAAAACAAAUGAUCUUUCCCCAGGGAGGGUCUGGCCUGGCGAGAUUUGUGCUCUUAAUGUGUGGUAUUUUGUCACUGUUUACCAAAUGCAUCAUCUGGCUGAUAAGCAGGGAGCAGAUCUGCCUCAGAGGGCUCAGCGCAGUCUCCACCCUGGGGCGGGGCGGGGGGGGCACCCCCACUGCAGCGUCUCAGCUGUCUCCAGUUGUGUAUGUCGAGUCCCGCUCUGUCAGCAUGUGUGCCCGAGCCACCAGCCCUCAACACUCAGGUUUUUAGGCAGCUUUCUGGGGUGUCAGCACAAGUGGUUUAGUUCUGGUAGCAGUGGUCACAUGUAGCUCAAAUGGGAUGUGACCCAUCCUAUAUACCUCACCUCACAGAGUGUGGCUUUUCCACACAUUGCUGACUCUCUGGAGUUUUCCAGAAAGUUCUGUUUUGGUUUUAGUAAAUUUUUCUCAUUCAUUUAAUAGAAAGCAAGGAUGUUUAGCCAAAGUUGACAAAAGAAAUAUAAUGUAUUUUAAAUAUAGCAUUGGUCAUUCUGUUAAAAAGAAAUGGGGGGGCAGAUAAUUUGUUAGGCUCCUCAGCAGUCCUCUAGGGAGAGGUAUUCUCCAGGUCAGGUACAACUCACCUUGCAUAAUUUAUAUCUGGCUUCAGCACCUGAGGAGUUUCCAGAAACUCAUGUUCUUCUCCGGGGGGCAGAGGAUGCAAACAGCUUCUAAGUAGCUGUCAUGUUUCAGCACAGAAAUACGUUUACCACUGUAACAUUGAGGUAGAGUUUUAAUACAGUAUUUAGUUUUCUAUUGGGCUUUUAAGGAAGUUCUUUUUUAUCACAGCUGCUCAGGGAUGAGUUCAGGUUGGAAAGCCCACCCUAACUCCACGUCACUAACACAGAAAUAAAACCUGUCUAUGAAGCUGCAGUGACACUGCAACAUAGCCCCGAGCUACCCUUCCCCACCUGCAAGACCAGCUCCUCUGAGCGGCAGGGACGGGGGCGUGGUCCUACUUAACGUCCUCACAGAGGGUGAAACGUGGGGUAGGGCACCUUUCCUUACAAGGGCAAGAACCCCAACCCCUGUCCUUGGUAAAAAGCGUUCAUGCUGCAAACCUGCUGACUGGGAAGGAGAUGCCAGAUGAGGACAAGCUUUUGCUCUGGGAGGGGAAUUGCACUGUGAUACAUAAAUCCUCCGUCCACUACCGAUGUGGCCACGCAUCUCAGACACCAGUCCUUUAGCCACCCGUGGGCGAGAACGUCUAUUAUGUUGUAUUUCAUAAGAAUAUUGUAACCUGCAGAGAAAUCCGGAGGGAGGGGAAAAAAUCAGGUUGGCUCAGGCGUACGCUGUAUUUUGAGUCGUCUUAAAUAAAGCUAUGAAAAGAUCAACUCCUGUAUAUAC